AUGUCAACCUCCCCUCCUUCCACCCCCGGACCAUCGUCCGAUCCCGCUGAUGCGACCGCUGUCACGACGCCCAAGAAGGCCAGCCCCAGGAAGCGGACUCCUUCUCCCAAGAAGACGCCUUCUCCCAAGAAGAACACGACGUCCGCGACUCCUGACUCUCCCGGCUCUCCCUCCUCCCGAUCUCCGAAGACGUUCAAUCCCGCUCUCAAGCAAGCCGCACUCGCGCUCAAGAUGCGCGGCAUGGCCGUCAACAAGAUCGCCGACCAGAUCGGUGUCAACUACAAGACUGUGUGGAACUACCUCGACCGCACCGCCAAAGCCAAAGCCAAGCUUGGUCCCAACGGCAGUCCUCCCGAGCAGAUGAGCGACGCGGACAAGAAAGAAGCUGCAAUCUCUCUCAAGCUCAGCGGUAUGGCGGUGACCGAUAUCGCCACUACGCUCGACAUGAACUAUAAGACCGUCUGGAACUACCUCGAUCGCGUGCAGAAGGCCGCCGGAGUGCCUCCCCGCUUGGUUCUCCACCUCGACUCUGACUCGCGGACAUCGGUGAGCUUCGCCAUCCGCUCACCACUCGCAACGACGUCAGCCCUCAUCAUCGUUGUGGUAGCCUCACUCCUUUCGGCGAUCGUGGUCUGCAUCGGUAGCUUCCUCUGCCUCGCUCUCAAGUCUUCCACUGCUCCUCCUCUCGAGAGCCCGGUCGAUUCCGCAAACGUCAGAACUGUUCAAGUCUCUCAAGCUCAGCCUACUCCUCCCGUACUUAUCCCCCGCAACUCCCUCAAUCGCACCACUAUGGACGAGGUCAAGCCUAUCCGCAAGCGCGAGCCCAAGACCGAGCCCAAGCUCGACCCCGAGCAGGAGGCUUCCGGCUCCGUCAGUCCUCCGAGCAGUCCCACGAAGGGGCCCAUUCGCAAGACCACCGACGCGGAACGACAAGUCAUCAUGACCAUGGCCGUUGCCGGCAAGCGCCCCAAGGAGAUUGCGGCCGCCCUCGACCUCAAGCCCACCACGGUGUCCAAGUUCCUCGAGCGCAGCAGGAAGAAGGCCCUCAACUCGAUGGGCACUGAUGUUGCCAAGCUUAUCGCUCAAUCGCCUCCCAAGAAGCGUUAG